UAGCACAAUCGACAAUCGAAUCGUCAUGUUACACGUCGGCUCCGGAAGCGCAUCGCAAGAUUUCGCCGUCCACGAAGCCGUUCUCCGCAGACACUCCCCGUUCUUCCGCAAAGCCCUGGAGAAGAACUGGCGCGAGGGAGAGAUCCGAAGUUUGGAGCUCCCCGACGACGAUGUCGAAGUCGUCGCCGCGUACGUGGAUUGGUCGUACUUUGGAAAGGUCGCAUCGAAACCCCUCGCGCCACCGGCUUUGCCGUUGGACGAUGGCGAGUAUCAAUUCCUGGCCAGAUUGUACUCCUUCGGCGACAGAAUCCAGGCGGAUGCGUUUUGUGAUAGCGUCCUCGAUGCCAUGGUCGCCAAGACAGAUGAUGUUGCCGAGGACGGUACGAGGACGUUUCCAAGUCAUUCUGCAGUCAUGGCUUUGUACAACGGCACCCCGAGCGAUUCGCCUGCGCGCCAAUUCAUCAUUGAUAUGUACCUGGAUUUUGGCGCGGAGAAAUGGGUCCCUGAGGAUAUCGAGUGCAACCAUGUCCGUUUCCUGAUGGAUCUGUCGCGGGCCUUUCUGGCGAGAAGUGCUGGAAUGCCUCGACAACGACAGAGGAAUUAUCCGCGGAGACGCAGGUGGCACAAAACUUUCGAUUGUGAUGAAUUCUUGCGAGCGGAGAGCGAGGAGGAUCUGUGUUCGCUGGCUUGACACAAAGGAUGCAGUUUGUUGAUUUGCCGUGGGGUUGGAAUUACCCGUGCUUUUUGUUGAGCCAUGGAAAUUGAGUAGCUUCUUCUCGGACCAGCCUUCACCCGGAGUG